GGAAAUUCGAUCAUGUCGGACUCUACAGCUGUUGCAACCACUUACCUGAUCACAGGUUUAUUUUCCAUUCUAGCCGGCAAAUAUCUGGACUCUGUUGUUGCUUGUGCCUUAUGCACUGGGAAUGAUCUUUUUAUAGAGCCAAAAAUCACCCGAGGAUGUCGGAUGGAAAAAAUCAGGAAUAUUUUUAAGGCGAAAAAGGGCAAGGGUGGUGAGGAAUCAAGCAAGUUUAUAUGCUCUAACACUCAGCCUAGUAGGCCUUUUGCCUCUCGAGAAAAGUAUAGGAGGUUGUCCUGUGAUAUUAUACUUAAGGUGAUAACAUUUUAUUCAUUGAAGUUUCAUAGAAUGAUGAAGGGAGCAGAAAAGAGCCAAACCGUACUACAUGGUUUUGAAGGGCCUCAUGAUUCGAAAGAUGAAGUUUUUGUUGAAUCUUUACGCAAAAUGCUUUCUCUUGAAGGGCUAGUUCUGCAAAAGCACACUGAUUAUUACACCCUAUUAAGAUUUUUACGUAUGAAGGAGUUUGAUCUGACAAAAGCAAAAGAAGCGUUUUUAAAUUAUAUCAAAUGGAGAAGGGAAUAUGGUGUUGAUGCAAUUUGCAAGGAAUUCAAAUUUGAAGAGUAUAGGGAGUUGAAGAUAUGUUACCCUCAUGGAUAUCAUGGAGUUGAUCGAUGUGGUAGGCCUGUAUAUAUUGAACAGACAGGAUUAGUAGAUCUUAACGCCCUUCUGCAAAUAACGACUACUGAAAAAUUCCUGAAGUAUCAUGUAAGCGAACAGGAGAAAACAUUGAAUCAGAGGUUCCCCUCGUGUUCCAUUGCAGCAAAGAAGCAUAUAACUUCAUCUACAACCAUUUUAGAUGUCAAAGGCGUGGGAAUGUCCAACUUUACGAAACCUGCAAGAAAUAUCUUCAUGGAACUUCAAAAGAUCGAUAGCAAUUAUUAUCCCGGGACUCUGCAUCAAGUCUUUGUUGUGAAUGCUGGAUCUGGAUUUAGAGCGCUUUGGAAAGUUGUCAAAGCUUUUCUUGAUGCCCGGACACUGGGGAAGAUACAAGUACUUGGGGGCAACUACAAAAGUAAGCUGCUGGAAGCUAUUGAUCCAAGUAAUCUGCCAACCUUUUUGGGCGGAAACUGCACAUGUAGUGAAUUUGGGGGAUGCCAUUUCAGUGAUAAAGGACCCUGGAAUGAUCCAGAAAUAACGAGAUUGCUUCAGGAGAUGAUCGAUACUGAAGAACAUAUACAGGAUGGAGAAUGUAGUGUUGCGACCACCAAUGAGAAAAUGCAAUCUGAUAUGGAUAAUAUUUAUAUUAAAGACGUAAAUGACACAAUCCCAGAAGAGAAUACACAUCCGGAGGACUUCAGCGUUGUUGAUAAGCCAUUGCUUUCAAAACUGCAAGCACUAGAAACUGCACUCAAAGAUGCCAAAACGCAAAUCCAGAUGCUGGAAACAUCGAUUGAGGGAACCAAGACGGUCUUAAGAGGACUUGGCCUGCACAUGGAAGAGCUACUAAGCAAGCUCAACUAAAAUUAUAAGAUCAACCUUUCUCCUGUCAUGCAGUGGCUUUUCACUAUCCGAUUUGAAUCCUGAAGGCAGGCUCCUUAUGGAGUGGUGUUAUUCAUUACUAGAAGUAAAGUGUAUUUGCCAACAGUACAAAAUUGUUCACACAUUUGAGAUUAGUGUGUGUGCAAAAUUCUGAUAAUUACAGCUUCUGUAAUUCUGAUCAUGUAUUGGCAUUGUCCCAGACAUCUACUUAUGCAUUUGUUUGAUCACAUAAUGAAAUGUUUAUGGCACUUGAUCAGAU